AUGGGUGAUGUUGAAAAACGUGAGAUCUUUCUCAUGAAAUGUUCUCAGUGCCCCACUGUUGAAAAAGAUGGAAAGCACAAGACAGGACCAAAUCUUUGGGGUUUAUUUGGCUGUAGAACAGGACAAGCUGCAGUAUUUUCUUACUUAGAUGCAAACAAAAACAAAGGCAUUGUUUGGAGUGAGAAUACACUGCAAGAGUAUUUAGAAAACCCUAAGAAAUACUCUCCUGGUUUAAAAAUUAUUCUUGCUGCAAUUAAAAAGCAGAAUGAGCUGAUGUUAUUUGCAUACCUGAAAAAAGCAACUUCAUUGAACAUUGCUUCAGCAGCUGCAAUGUUAGUGAAAGAUGUUUUUAAUUUUGACUAG